AUGCUUCUCCUCGGAGUCAUUGGCGUUGCAGCCUUUGCUGGCUAUGCAUCUGCCUCUCCUUUCUCCGCCUCUCCCUUCCCAUCAAACUUGAAGCCAAGAGCAGCCUGCAGUGGAAACACCGCGACUACUCGCUCACAAUGGUGUGACUUCUCCGUCUCUGACGAUCCGUCCGUCAAGAUUCCUGACACUGGAGUCACCCGCGAGUUCUGGCUCGAACUCACAGAUGUAACCGUCUCGCCAGAUGGUGUAUCUCGAUCGGCCAUGGCCGUCAACGGAUCAAUUCCUGGGCCAACUCUGAUUGUGGAUUGGGGAGAUCAAGUCAUUGUUCAUGUCACCAACAAGCUUACUACAUCCAACAAUGGCACAAGCAUCCAUUUCCACGGACUCUGGCAACAGGGUACCAACGAGAAUGAUGGUGUGAGUUCCAUCACUCAGUGCCCAACUGCACCCGGAGAGUCGAUGACCUACAAGUGGAGAGCGACUCAGCAUGGCUCUACUUGGUACCACUCCCACUUUGCCCUGCAAGCUUGGCAGGGUAUCUUUGGUGGCAUUGUCAUCAACGGUCCUGCAACGGCAGACUACGACGAGGACCUCGGCAUGCUUUUCCUCAACGACUGGGAUCAUCAGACGGUUGAUGAGCUCUACCUCCAAGCCCAGCAAGUCGGUCCACCAGAACUUGACAAUGGUCUCAUCAACGGCACAAACACAUACGAGGGUGGCGGAUCUCGCUACAAGACUACCUUCACUGCCGGAAAGACCUACCGUAUUCGUCUCGUGAACGCUGCCGUCGACACCCACUUCAAGUUCAUGAUUGACAACCACACCAUGAGCGUCAUCGGCUCCGACCUCGUCCCAAUCAAACCUUACGACGCAAACGUCGUCAGCAUCGGCAUGGGCCAGCGCUACGACGUCAUCUUCACCGCAAACCAGCAAGCACUCGCCGACAAAUUCUGGAUGCGAGCAAUCCCGCAAUCCGCAUGUUCCGAGAACGGCAACCGAGACGACAUCCGCGGCAUAGUCUACUACGACACCGAAUCAGCUGGCGAGCCAACAACCUCAGCCUUUGACUUCGAAGACAACUGCAAUGACGAAACUAAGAACAUUGUCCCCUUCAACCCCAAGACCGUCGGCGCAAACCCCUCGCUCACUGCCAACGAGCCCGUCAACGUAGCUUUCAACUCGGAUAAUCUCUACCGCUGGACCCUCAACAGCACCAGCAUGGUUGUGCAAUGGGAUGACCCCACGCUCAUGCAGAUCAUGUCCGGCAACAAGUCGUUUGAGCAGUCCAACGCUGUCGUCCAACUCCCUACCGCCGACGAAUGGGCUUACGUAGUUAUUUCAACUACAAUCCCCGUGCCGCACCCCAUCCAUCUCCACGGCCACGACUUCUUCGUCGUAGCACAAGGCUCAGGCGCUUACACUGACGACGUCGUACUGAACCUCGAUAACCCGUCUCGCCGUGACACCGCCAUGUUGCCUGCCUCUGGCUUCAUGGUCAUGGCGUUCCAGGCGGAUAACCCCGGUGCUUGGUUGAUGCACUGCCAUAUCGGAUGGCACACAUCUGAAGGUUUCGCGAUGCAGUUUAUCGAGCGCAUUGAUGAGAUCGCAGCGAUUACGAAUAAGGAUGCGCUAGAGAGUGGAUGCAAUGCUUGGACGGGGCAUAGUGAGAAGUUUGAGAUUGAGCAGGAUGAUUCUGGUGUAUAG